AUGGAUACUCGUCUUCUGGCCAGACGGCGUCCUCCAACGGCGUACCUGCUACGAAAUCAAGUUGAUCACAUCACCAAUAAGUCACCGAAUACUCCCCUCCGUUAUGAGUUUGUGUAUUUCGGUAGUUGGACUUGGCCAAUCAGUAUUUCCCCAGUGCGACCAAGAUUUGAGAACUAUCCUAAAGAUGUGAAGGAGGCAUAUCCGAAAAGACGAACUGCUCUUGUUGCAGUUGUUGAAACACUGUAUGACAGACGCCGCUGUAUUCAGCGAAAGAAGGCCGAC